AUGUCUAAGGAAAAUUGUGCAGAAAAAGGAGAAAUUUGGAGUCUAAGCACAAAUCCACUAAUCUCUCAAACGGGUGUUCCGGUAGCUGGUCAAAAUCAAAGAGCGUCUGGGGAUAUAGGUGAUGAGCAGCGUUCCACUGAAAAAAACACAAUCACACCAAUAUUCGACUCUCUUGAAUCCUCCUCCGCCAGCUCCAUCACCAAUAUGCUAAAUGAAACCACUCACCACCAUGUGAAUGGGGCAUCUCCCGAGCGGUCCACUGAAAAUCAAGGAGUAAAUGAAAUAUGCGAUUCCACUUUAAAAGUCUGCAAGGAUACCCCAACCACCUCAGAAUCUAAUAAUGCCGCCUCCUCCAGUCUCGUGGGUGGCAACUUCUUGCUUAAAAUCCACUCCACUGACCACCAGAAGGAUGCUCAGGAAAAGUCGGUGGCAGAAUCCACCUACUCCACUUCAAUAUCUCCUUGCUCUGAUUCAACCGAAAAGGCUAUUCUGAACUCUCCAGAACCUCUGGGAGCUGAUAAGCCCUCUAAAGCUUACCCCACCUCCCAACCUUCUGAAAUCUCUAAAUCCCAGACCUGUGGUCGAAUAUACAUCCCCGAUCCAAAGCUUCAAAACUUCAAGUCAACCAGUGCCGCCAGUCUUCCACACAAACAGGGGCAUAUUACUCCUCCAAGCAAAUUUCAGCAGCAACAGCCGCAGCAGGAAAGCCGGAUUAGGGUAAACAAGGAUCGGAAGGUAGAAGAAUCCGGUAACUUCAUUCAGCAGCCCUCCGAGUUGACAUAUUUACCACCGGAACCUAACUAUAAGACCGUUACGCCAGCACAGCAAGCUGUAGCAUCUGGUAACACUGCUCCUCAGUCAACCCGAAACCUCAAUGGAAGUCUCCACGGCAACAAUUACUUUUUCGCCUCAUCUAGUCCUUCAGCCAUGACACCAUCGAAUGGGAAUGUUUCAGCUGGAUCAGUGGAUAACUGCAGUAUGAACAUACAGCUGUGUGAACCAAUGAACAAGACCAACCUAAUUGUUAACUACCUUCCACCUUACAUGUCCCAGGAUGAGGUGAAGGCCCUAUUCUCUAGCAUUGGUGAAGUUGAGUCCUGCAAGUUGGUACGAGAAAAGACGUCAGGUGAGAGUUUAGGUUACGCCUUCGUCAAAUUUGUUCGCGCUGCAGACGCAGACAAGGCUAUUCGUACGCUGAACGGGUUGCGACUCCAAAAUAAAACUAUUAAGGUCUCUAUCGCCCGUCCCAGCUCGGAGUCAAUAAAGGGUGCGAAUCUCUACAUCUGUGGACUGCCGCGCAAGAUGACUCAAAGCGAACUGGAAGACCUCUUCUCUCAUUGCGGCAAGAUCAUUACCGCGCGCAUUCUUUACGACAACAAAACGGGCCUCUCUCGUGGUGUAGCAUUCAUUCGAUUCGACCAGCGCCAUGAAGCUGAGCAGGCCAUUCGACGACUCAACGGCUACCAGCCGCCCACUGACCACCCUAGCGCCCCACCCAAUGAGCCAAUUACCGUGAAGUUCGCCAAUUCGCCUAAUUCCAUUCGUCACGACAGCCUCAGCUUGGCUUUGCUGAAACAGGCGGCUCAAUUGCAAUCGGUAGCGGCUUCAGUUGUCACUCCGCCUACACGAUCAGCAGCGUCAGCUGCUGCCAACGCUGUCGCAGCUGCCGGGCUUCUCAGUCCUCUUCAACAGUUCGCCUCCAUUUCCAAUCGCCUAAAGUAUUCUUCCGCGCUGGCCGGUGGUGCUAGCGGUCAGGGUCCCAAUGCGGCUGAUUUGUUGCCCGCUGUGGCAAGUGCUGCAGCUGUUGUGAACCCACUACUAGCUCCUGCGGUUGCUGCAAGUUCAGGAGCCCUCACAGCCACAGGAUGGUGUAUAUUCGUGUAUAAUCUCGCGCCCGAAACGGAGGAGUCUAACCUGUGGCAGCUCUUUGGCCCUUUUGGAGCCGUGCAAACUGUGAAGAUCAUUCGAGAUCCGAGCACCAACAAGUGCAAGGGUUUCGGAUUUGUAACGAUGAGCAACUACGAGGAGGCUCUGUUGGCCAUCCACUCUUUGAAUGGCUUUGCACUAGGCAAUCGAGUUCUUCAGGUCUCCUUCAAGACCACACCGAACCCACGUCUUCGACCACCAACACACACACCACCACCGAACACACUCAGUCCAACUAUGCAAAUGAACCAGUCGGGUGGGAAGAUGAACGAUUCUAUCCAGUCGACUGAAGUCGACACAACAGUGAAGGCACAGCAACUGCUGAAUGAAUCUUCCAACCCUGCCGCUAUUGGAAACGCAAUGCCUGUUCAAAGUGGGGUAAAAUUUUCGCCCCAAAUAGGGCGCCGUUCGGCUAGCAUUUCGUCAGCUGCGGAUUGCUCAAGUCCGGUGGGAAGUCGUUCAAUCUUCAGUCAGAUUAAUUCUGUUGCAAAAUCGGACGUGAAAAGCGACUUGACUGCGGGGAACGAGAUUCAGACGUUUUGUAAUGCUUUUUCAGCUGAAGUCAAUGAUUUCAGCCAGCACAACUCAGCCAAUAUGCCCCUAGAAAGUGGUUCUUUGAGACUGUUUGCGGACACAGAACCAGUACCAAAUGAGUCGAGCAAUAAGGGCCGACCAUCGAGCUUUCAUGAUUGA